AUGGAAAACCAAACAAGUGGAAGUGAGUUUGUUCUCUUGGUACUUACAGGAGAUCCACUCCUUCAAAGCCUCCUAUUCACUGUGUUUUUAAUUAUUUACCUAAUCAUUUUAUUAGGAAAUAUGGUAAUCAUGAUGAUCAUAAGGACUGAUCUCCACCUUGAAUCUCCUAUGUACUUCCUCCUCUUUCAUUUAGCCCUUAUUGACAUCUGUUAUGCCACCGCUGUUGUUCCAAAGAUGCUGGUGAAAGGAAGCAUAACCAUUGCCAUGAAUGCUUGUAUGACUCAAAUGUUCUUCAUCUUCCUCUCAGCUGGGUGUGAAGUUUUCAUGCUUUCAGUAAUGGCAUAUGACCGAUAUGUGGCCACCUGUAAUCCACUGAACUAUCAAGAAGCUAUGAGCAAACAUUUCUGUUACCAGCUGGUGGGGAGUGCAUGGGCAAUGGGUCUCUUAUAUUCAGUUCUAAACACAAUUCCUGUGUUAAAUAUUCAAUUUUGUAGGCACACGGAAAUCAAACAUUUCAGCUGUGAGCUGCCCCCUCUCCUGUCUGCUGCUUGCAGUAGGACCUUUCUCAGUAAACUCAUUAUUCUUUCUUCUGCUGUGCUCUUUGGGUCCAGCUCCUUUUUGCUCACCCUCAUCUCCUACAUCUAUAUCAUCACCACUGUCUUGAAGAUACAGUCUGCAGAAGGGAGGCACAAAGCUUUCUCCACUUGCAGCUCCCACUUCAUUGUAGUAGGGUUACUCUACAUAACUGCUCUGUUCUAAUACACAAAACCCAAAUCAGUCUCAUCAAUCAUUCUAGACCAAGUGCUGUCCACCCAGUACAGCAUCUUAACCCCCAUGCUGAAUCCAAUAAUCUACAGCCUGAAAAAUAAAGAUGUGAAAACAGCCUUAGGUAGAAUUCUAAAGAAACUGCAAUUUAUGUAA